UUGCCGCGGGGCCAUGUUGCGGGCGCUGAGGCCGGUGCUGGGCCCGGCGCUGGGUUCCGCCGCCGCCCCGGGGCGCGUCGGGCUCGUCCCGGCGCGGGGCCGCAAGACGCGGCACGACCCCCCCGCCAAGUCCAAGGCGGAUCGGCUGAAGCUGCCGCCGCCCGUCGACCCCGAGGAGCUGCUGGUGGUGACGGAGCGGUACCGCCUGCACCGCCUCGUGCUGCGCGCCCUGCGGGCUGACUUCAAGCUGGAGGUGCUGCAGAGGAAGCGAGAGGCGCAGCAGGCCCAGGAGGACUCGGCAGCGCUGAGCCAGGAGCAUCAGCUGCUGAUGGCCUGGAACGCCCAGGAGAACGCCCGGCAGCGGGCGCGCAGAGAGGAAAGAAUCAGGAAAGAAGAGGAAGAGGAGAAGAGGCGCAAGGAGGAGGCAGCAGCCAGCAUGGCGCAGAAGCUAGAGGCAUUGCUGAAGGAGAAGGAGAAGGAGGUUCUGCAGCUGCAGGAGGAAGCCCAGACCUUCAUCACCCCCGAGAACCUGGAGGAGAGGAUCGAGGAGUGCCUGAACAACCCCCGCAACCACAACUUCGCCAUCGACAGGGACGGGCGCGUCGUCAGGCGCACAGUGCUGUCCUAGGGCUCUGCCCACAGCCCUGCCACGGCCCCUUCCUUCCCCUUGGCACCCAUAAAGCCCUCCUGGAAUCCUUGGAGGAGGCCAA